AUGAAUACACCAGGAUCUGUUCUUCUUGGAUGGGUCGUAUUAAUCGCUGCUGGCGGGGGUGCGUUUUAUUACGCCAAAAAGGAUAUUAACGCUAGAAGACGGGCUCAAGAACUUUCUAGGACUAGGCCCCCAGAAAAAUUAGAAUGGUGGCAAAAAGUUGAAUUGGACGAGAAAACUAAGAUGACAAAGAAUUCAAACGAUGAGGCAUCUGGCUCUGGUUCAAGUAACGGUAAUGGAUAG